AUGGGGUCCGGUGGCAGUAAAAGUGCUUCAUACAAUUAUAAAUUGACAUACUUCAAUGCGAGAGGACGAGGAGAAGUAGCUCGUUUGUGUUUUGCUGUUGCUGGUGUUAAGUAUGAAGAUAUUCGUAUUGAACAAGCUGAUUGGCCAGCAUUAAAACCAAAGACUCCCCUAGGAUUUUUACCUGUUUUAAACAUAAAUGGGAAUGAAUUGACACAAAAGUUGGUGAUCGACAGAUUUCUUGCAGGACAAUUCGGUCUGCUUGGUAGUUCUGACCUUGAACGAUGUAAGAUAGAUGAAGUAAUGACGACGAUAACAGACUUUACAGUGGAUCUUUCUGGAACGUUUUUUAUUCAAGAGGAGGACGCAAAGGCUACUGCUGUGAAAAAUAUUCUGGAUACAAAACUUCCCGCCAUGAUGGCGUACAUUGAGAAGACGAUGAAUGAGAAUAAAACACAGAGCGGUUACGUUGUAGGAGGAAAAUUAUCUGUGGCAGAUUUAACCGUUUUCAACUGUCUAGAGACUCUUACAAAUGUUUCACCUACGGCCCUAGACGAAUACACCAGAAUACGAGAUCUUAAUACAAAGAUUGGAAUUAUUAGCAGCAUUGCAAAAUAUGUGGCAAGUCGGCCGAAAACACCGAUUUAAUAUAUUUGUUCUUUUAACAAUUGACGAUUUUCUAAAUCAGCAUAAUUAAAGUUAAUCCAUAGA